UUUGGAAAAAAAAAAACUUCCAACAAAAAGCCUUUCACCAUCAUCAAAAACACAACAAAAUUCUCUCAUUCAUAUACAAAAAAAUCAUAGCUUAAAAUUCUCAAAUCAAAAAAAAUAAUCUUACUGCAAAAAAAAAAAAAAAAGAGUACUUCAUUUUUGAAUUAUAUCAAGAAUGGUUUAUUCAUACACACCAACAUACUAUAGUUCACUUCAUGACUCAAUUACUUCACUUUGCAAAACAAUUCUUCCAUUUCCUUUCAAGAAAAAGCGUAUACCGGCGAUUGCAGCUGCUGAGCAGAGGUUGUCGAAGCAACAAUCCGACAACCUUAAAUGGCAACAAGAAUCAUUUCAUCAGAUUUUAAACUUGAUGGGUCUUUGUAAAGAAGGAAUCUUGGCUGAAUCUGAAGUUUCUGGUUUUAGAUCACAUCUUCUUGAUACGCUCAUCGCGUCUCCUGCUGAUUAUGAACAUUCAUCUAUCUUAAGGGAUAAGUUGAUCUUCUUGCAGGAGUUGUUUUAUGCAAAAUGUAUAUCAGAGGAAGAGUAUCAUUCAUCAAAGAGGCCAUUAUUUCAAAGGCUAGCAGUUCAAGGAGCUGAAAUUGAGGCAAAACAUGUAAUUGUUGGAUCAAAGAAAGAAGACACCACAGAUGAUGAAUGGUCUGUUAUAGAUUUGAAGGAUGAAAAGUCCAAUCUUGGCAAAGAGAAUUCGAUUUCGAGCUCAAAAGAUAAGCAAAAGCAAACUUCAGCUUUGAAGCAAAUCAAAGGGGCAGCUUCAGUUUUUGGCUUUGCAUCAUCCAAGAAAGAAAGAGGCAUACUUAAUCCAGUAAGCGAAAAUUGUUCUUUGUCCGAAAGAAAUGAGUUAGGAGUGUCGACAGAGAAUCCUUUCUGGAACACUCAUUUGAGGGAAAAGGAUGGUGAAACUAAGUCUAUUUUGAUGGUGGAGAGCUUGCCUAAUGAACCAAUGAAAGUGAAGAAGCAAAAGAAACCUUUUAAAGGACUGUUUGGCGUUGAUGAUCAACAUCGCGGUGAACCUGAAUCUGAAGGGAAGUCGAAAUCAGGAGGGAAGAAACAGUGGGGAUUUGAUGGAUUCAAGAAGUGGAAGAAGAAUGAUUCCGAGGAUGAAACAGCUCCACUGUCACUUGAUGAGAAAUCGGACCGUGGAACUUACUUAGGCCAGCUAGUUGCUGAACCUGUUGGAGAAGGUCCAGACACUAAGCAGAUCAAAAGAAAGCUGCAUCCUAAUGGUGCCCCCUCGGAUUUCUUUGUCGAUAAGGUUUUAGGAGACAGUAUCAAGAAAGAGCUAUCAAGAAUUCAAACAGAACUUGGUGCCAAAAAUGCAAGCGUUGAGUUAACAGAUGAUCAAAUUGAAGCAAUUUCAACUAGGCUUCCAGUUGACAAGGCUGAUCUGAAAAAGUUCUUCCCUAAAAAAUGGUGUGAUCGAUAUGGAGACGUAGUUUUGGAUGUGGUAAGGAAGGAAUUCAAGAACCAUGUUGGAGAAAUGGGAGGAGGGAACUUAAAAGGUAAUAUUACCAAGGAGGAGGAGAAGAAAAACUCAAAGAGAUGGACAACAUUUGAUGAUGACUAUGAAGAUGAAAAUUGUCAUCCAAAUCUUUUUGCUCCACAACAAGAUCAUCAUCAUCAUCAUCAUACAUUCCAUUUUAAACAAGACAAAAAGUUCACCCCUUUGAAACCAUCAUAUGUUAAUAGUAGCAUUGAUAAGGGACUCAAAUAUAAUCCUUUCUUUGAUGUUUAAGAAAGUUCAUUUGGUGAUGUGAAAGAAAGCUGAGAGCUAAUCAGCUUUCUUUAGUUUGUGGACUAUGUUCUUUGUUGGCUCUACAAGAGAUAGUAUAUUAUUCUUUUUUUUUAACCUUAAA